UUGAAAUGGUAUCAGUCUCAUUUCAUUAAGACACAACAACUCAUCAGGAGUUUCCCUAGAUCUCUUAGAAACACAUUAAGCAAGAAGAUUCCUAAAAUGAAGGUUUUCGUUUGUGUCUUAGCAGUUUUGGUAGCAACAUGCUCGGCCGGUUUUAUUGGCGGUGGUAGUUUUGGAGGUUCAUCAGGUGGCGGUAGCUCAUAUUCCUCUGGUGGCGGUUACAGUUAUGAUGCUGGCCAUGGAGGAUCUGGCUCCGCCGGUGGUGUGGUCAAAACUAUCCAAGUAAUUCAUGGCGGUUCAGUGGGUGGUGGUCAUGGUGGUGGUGCUGGUGGUUAUGGUGGUCAACAAGAAGUAAAGACUAUCAAGGUUAUCCAUGAACAACAAUCCGGUGGUCAUGGUGAUUUCUCUGGUCAUUCUGACUACUCGGGUCAUGGUGGUCAACAAGAAGUAAAGACUAUCAAGGUUAUUCAUGAACAACAAUCUGGCGGUCAUGGUGGUUACUCUGGUCACAGUCAUGGUGGUCAACAAGAAGUCAAAACCAUUAAGGUUAUUCAUGAACAACAACCCGCUCCUCAAGUUAGUUAUCCUGCUCCAGCUCCAGAAUAUGGUCACGACCACGGUCACGAAGAAGUCAAAACCAUUAAAGUAAUCCACGAACAACAACAAGCUCCUCAACAUGUAAGUUUCCCUGCCCCCGCCCCUGAACAUCACGAUCAUGCUCCCGUUGAAGAAGUUAAAACCAUUAAGGUUAUCCAUGAACAACAACAAGCUCCUCAACAGGUUAGUUAUCCCGCCCCUGAACACGGUCAUGAGGAAGUCAAAACCAUUAAAGUAAUCCACGAACAACAACCCCAACAACAUGCUAGUUACCCUGCUCCCGAACAUGGCGGCUAUGCUGACGCUGGUGCCCCAGAAGUUGUUAAAACCAUUAAAGUUAUUCAUGAACAACAACCCGCUGCUGGCGGUCAUGGCGGCUACUCUGCUGGUGGUCACGGCGGUGCUGCUCAAGAAGUUGUUAAAACCAUCAAAGUCAUUCAUGAACAAUCCUCUGCUGGGGGUAGUUAUGCUGAUUCUGGUUAUUCUUCUGGCGGUUACUCUUCUGGUGGUUACUCUUCUGGUGGUUAUGCUGAUGCUGGUUCCUCUGCUGGUGCCGGUUUCGAUGAUACUUUCGAAACACUCAAAUCCUUGAAGGUCAUCGGUGCUUUGAGCCCCAACGGCGGUGCUCCAUCUGGUGGUGCCAGUUACGGUGGUAGCUUUGGUGGCAGUUACGGUGGUGCUGCUCCCUCAAACUCUUACUUGCCUCCCUCCGGUGGUUGGCAAUAAGUUCGCCCUCAUCUAUGCAUUCAUAUAUAGAUAGGGAAAUAGCGAAGCAAACUUAGCAUCCACUCAUCUCAUGCUCACAUCCAUCCCAUCUCACAUUGUAAGUAGACAUCAGUUUGUUGGAUUGUUUGUCAAGCAUGAUUGUGCCAAAAUCUGUUAUUAGUUUUUUAAGUAGUCAAUUUUUUUAGUUAUGUAAGCCAUAGUAGAUCCAUUUAUUGUUACAUCAAAUGUUUCAGUGUAAAAAACACACACCAAAAUUCAUAAAUAAACUUAGUUAAAUAAAAAAAAAUAUUAAAA